UCGUCUAUCUGUCUGUCUAAUGCAAUCCGAGAAAACGCGUGGCCAACAUUUUUGCUCACCUACCUCUUUCUCCCCGUCUUUCUUCCUCUAAAAGUCUCCAUUCUUUUAACAAGUAGGACGCUUUUUCCUGAGUUUCUUUCUCUCUCUCUCUCUCUCUCUCUCAAAUCUAUACAUCCAGAAGUUCCAUUUUCACUCCAGCACAGCACGAAAUACAGACUGAAUAUAACGUUUUUGUGGGGUCCAAACAAGCCCCACUACCAUUCUCGUCCACCUCCUUGACAAUGCCGUACUGGGUUUCACCAAAACUAGCCAACAAACCCCUCCUCACCAACCACAACCUUUUGCAUUUGGCCGAGACUUCGUGUUCUGGGUUCCAAGAUUGGCUUCGUUGUGAAUGGCUCUUAAAUGUGCAUCCCUCUGGGUUUGCGCCAGAAAUCCUUGUUCUAAUCUCGGGGCCUCAGAUUGUGGGUCCGGGAAUUCUGGGGCCGCUUUGAUCAGUUUUAAGCUCGAUUUGGAAAAGUUCCGCAAAUGGGAAUGUUGUCGUUUUGGUGCUUUGACUCAGCAAGCUAUCACUCCUGUGGAAGAUGAGAAGCCGCAUAUGCCUGGGGUUGAGUCUUCUGGGGCCAUUGAGCGGACUCGGGGUAAUGAGCCCAGGGGGUUUCACAAGGAUUUGAAUCUUCUUCCCAAACCAUUGACUGCAAAUGGCCUAUCUUCUUCUCCAAGUGAUGGUUCAAAAGUACGGGUGGCCUAUCAGGGGUUACCAGGAGCAUAUAGUGAGGCUGCAGCCCUAAAAGCAUACCCUAAAUGUGAGACCGUUCCAUGUGAUCAGUUUGAAGAAGUAUUCAAGGCUGUUGAACUGUGGUUAGUGGAUAAAGCAGUUCUUCCCAUCGAGAAUUCUGUUGGUGGGAGCAUCCACCGUAAUUAUGACCUGCUACUUCGACAUAGGCUCCACAUAGUCGGGGAGGUGCAGUUGCAAGUUAACCAUUGCCUUUUAGGAUUGCCUGGCACUAGAAAAGAGGAGAUAAAAAGUGUUUUGAGCCAUCCUAUGGCUCUUGCUCAAUGUGACAUGAUGCUAUGUGAUUUAGGUGUUCUCAGGAUUAGUGCUUAUGAUACUGCUGGAGCUGCUCAGAUGGUGGCGUCAACUGGCGUAAGAGAGACCGGGGCCAUUGCAAGCGCCAAAGCUGCAGAAAUUUAUGGGCUCGACAUUCUUGCUGAAAAGAUCCAGGAUGAUAAUGAUAAUAUCACUCGUUUCCUGAUACUUGCAAGAGAACCUAUAAUUCCCGGAACUGAUAGGCCCUAUAAGACAAGCAUUGUGUUUACUCUAGAAGAAGGUCCUGGUGUACUAUUCAAAGCUUUAUCGGUCUUUGCUCUGAGGAGCAUUAAUUUGUCUAAGAUUGAGAGUCGACCAUGGAAACAGCACCCUUUGAGUGUUGUUGAUAAUUCCAAUGAAGGGAGUGCCAAGCAUUUUGACUACCUAUUCUUCAUCGACUUUGAAGCUUCAAUGGCAGAGCCUCGCGCCCAACAUGCUUUAGGACAUCUGCAGCAGGAAUUCGCAAGAUUUCUUCGUGUCCUUGGCAGCUAUCCGAUAGAUACAGUUCUAUAGAAGCAGGUCACUUCAGUUAGUUUGACUCGGAUGGCCAAACCUGCAAGCAGAAGCUUGACCUUGUAUUGUUGUACAUAGAUAUGAUCCUACAGGAGCCAGUGCUGGAAGAGGUUUUACUUGGAUUGUGGCCAAGUUUAUGCAUGGAAGGAAAUUUCCAUUCACCAUUCUAUUUUACCUGCAAAUGUUCAUACCAAAAUUACAGGUCUUUGUAAUCUUUUGUUCUUUUUGAUGAGUUCAAAAGAAAGAUACAAAAGGAGGGGGUGGAGAGUCCCAAUAAAUACUAUAUUACUCUAUUUGCAUAGAGAUUAAAAAAAAAAAAAAAAGGUAAUUGGAGGCAAUAAA